AUGUCUCGGCAAUCUGUCUGCAGAAGCUUUGGAGGAGGGAGUAGAAGGGGCUACAGCUCUUGCUCUGCCAUCGGUGGUGGCUUUGGAGGAGGUGGUGGCAGAAGCAGGAGCAGCUACAGCUCAUUCUCUAUGUCCAGGGGAUAUGGAGGUGGUGGACGUUGUGGAGGGUUUGGCAGCAGGAGCCUCCACAACAUGGGUGGCAGCGGAAGGAUUGCCAUGGGAGGAUGCUACGGUGGCGGAGGCUAUGGAGGCAGAAUGGGCGGCUUUGGUGGAGGCUAUGGAGGAGGACUAGGCAGCUAUGGAGGAGGAAUGGGUGGCUUCGGAGGAAUGGGUGGUGGAGGAAUGGGUGGUGGUGGAAUUGGCGGUGGAGGAAUGGGCGGCUUUGGUGGAGGCAUGGGUGGUUAUGGUGGAGGAAUGGGUGGCGGAGGAAUGGGUGGCUUUGGUGGCCCAGGCUUCGGCAUGCACGGCUUCGGUGGCCCUGGCAGAGGCGGGCCUGGCAUCCAGCCGGUGCAGGUCGACUCAAGUCUCCUGCAGCCAGUCCAUGUUGAGAUUGACCCCCAGAUCCAGCAAGUCAAAAACCAGGAGAAGGAGCAGAUCAAGACUCUUAAUAAUCAGUUUGCCUCCUUCAUUGACAAGGUGCGCUUCCUGGAGCAACAGAACAAGGUGCUCUCCACCAAGUGGGAGCUCCUGCAGCAGCAAGGGCCCUCAGGGCCGAGGAAGAACCUGGAUGUCCUCUUUGAGAAUUACAUCCAGAACCUGAAAAGGCAGCUGGACUCGAUCCUGGCACAAAGGGGGCAGCUGGAAUCAGAGCUGCAGAACAUGCAGCAGUACGUUGAGGAUUACAAAACCAAGUAUGAGGAAGAGAUCAACAGGCGCACAGCAGCCGAGAAUGAGUUUGUGGUGCUCAAGAAGGAUGUGGACACUGCCUACAUGACCAAAGUGGAGCUGGAAGCCAAGGUGGGAGCUCUGACCGACGAGAUCAACUUCCUGAGGUGCAUCUAUGAGGAGGAGCUGGCUCAGAUGCAGACGAUCAGCCGGGACUUGUCUGUGGUAGUGUCGAUGGACAACAACCGCCACUUGGACCUGGACAGCAUCAUCGAGGAGGUCAGGCGCCAGUACGAGCAGAUCGCUCAGAGCAGCAGAGCGGAAGCUGAGGCUUGGUACCAGAGCCAGUACGAACAGCUGCAGAGCACUGCUGGAAUGCACGGGGACAGCCUGCGCAACACCAAGAUCGAGAUCCAGGAGCUGACCAGGAACAUCCAGAGGCUGCGGGCUGAAAUUGAGAAUGUGAAGAAGCAGAACCAGCAGCUGCAGGCAGCUAUUGCUGAGGCCGAGGAGCGGGGUGAGAUGGCUCUGAAGGAUGCCAGGUUGAAACUGGAGGAGCUGGAAUGUGCCCUGAGCAAAGACAAGGAGGAGCUGGCUCGCCUGUUGAAGGAGUACCAGGAGCUGCUGAACAUCAAGAUUGCCCUGGAUGUGGAGAUUGCCAUGUACAGGAAGCUGCUGGAGGGAGAGGAGAACAGGCUUUGCAAUGACGGCAUGUCCAACGUGAAUGUCUCUGUGGUAGGCAGGACCACCAUCUCUGGAGGCCGAGGAGGCAUGGGAGGAGGCUUCGGCGGCAGCGGCAUGGGAGGAGGCUUUGGCGGCAGCAGCAUGGGAGGAGGCUUUGGCGGCAGCGGCAUGGGAGGAGGCUUCGGCGGCAGCGGCAUGGGAGGAGGAAUGGGAGGAGGUGUAUGUGGAGUAGGAGGCGGCUUUGGAGGUGGAAGCUCUGGAGGCAGCUGUGGCAUGGGAGGAGGAAUGUACAGUGGAGGCUUCUCUUCUGGAAGUGGAAGGAUGUGCGUGUCUGGAGGUGGCAACUUCAGCUCCGGUGGGGGAUCCUCCUCCGUCCGGAGAUGUGUCACAACCACCUCCGUCAAGUCUUCAGGAGUAAGGUUCUGA